UCCACUCUGCUACUAGUAGCAGCGACCACCCCUGCGCUGCGUGGUGUCCUGUCCUUCACUCCCCCGCGCACACACUCCCCGACUCCUUUCCCCCGAUCUCGGCCAUGGCUGCGGCGGCGGCAUCGGCGUCGGCGAAGACGUUCGUGCUCUACCCGUCGCUGGGCGUGGGCCACCUGAACCCCAUGGUGGAGCUGGCCAAGCACCUGCUCCGCCGCGGCCACAGCGCCGUCCUCGCCGUCGUCGACCCGCCCGACGGCGACCCCACCUCGGCCGCCGCGGUGGCGCGCCUCGCCGAGGCCAACCCCUCCAUCGCCUUCCGGCUCCUCCCGGCCCCGCCCAGCCCGGACCCCGCCGCGCACCCCAUCAAGCGCGCCCACGACACGCUCCGCCUCGCCAACCCCGCGCUCGGGGGCUUCCUGCGCGCGCUGCCGGCCCCCGCCGACGCGCUCCUGCUCGACAUGUUCUGCGUCGACGCGCUCGACGUCGCCGCCGAGCUCGCCCUCCCCGCCUACUUCUUCUUCGCCUCCGCCGCCAGCGACUUCGCCAUCUUCCUCAACAUGCCGUACCUCUACCCCGGCCUGCCGUCCUUCAAGGACAUGGGCGACACGCUCGUGCACAGCCCCGGCAUGCGGCCGGUGCGCGCGGUGGACAUGCCGCUGUCGGUGCAGGACAAGGAGAGCGACAUGACCAAAACCCGGAUGUACCAGUUCAAGCGCAUCGCGGAGGGGAGGGGCGUGCUGGUCAACAGCUUCGACUGGCUGGAGCCCACGGCCCUGAAGGCGCUCGCCGACGGCGUCUGCGUGCCCGGCCGGCCGACCCCCAGGGUGUUCUGCAUCGGGCCAUUGGUCAACGACGGCAAGAAGAGCGGGGACGGCGAGACGCGGCACGAGUGCCUCGCGUGGCUGGACGCGCAGCCGGAGCGGAGCGUGGUGUUCCUCUGCUUCGGCAGCAUCGGCGCCGUGUCCGCGGCGCAGCUGAGGGAGAUAGCUUAUGGGCUGGAGAGCUCCGGCCAUCGCUUCCUGUGGGUCGUACGGAGCCCACCUGCAGACCCGGCCGACGUCUUCCAGCCGCGCCUGGAGCCAGACCUGGACGCGCUCCUCCCCGAGGGGUUCAUGGAGAGGACACGGGACAGAGGGAUGGUGCUGAAGAUGUGGGCGCCGCAGGCGGAGGUGCUGCGGCACGCCGCCACCGGCGCCUUCGUGACGCACUGCGGCUGGAACUCGGCGCUGGAGGCGAUCAUGGCCGGGGUGCCGAUGAUAUGCUAUCCGAUGUACGCCGAGCAGGCGUUGAACAAGGUGUUCAUGGUGGAGGAGAUGAAGAUCGCCGUGCCGUUGGAGGGUUACGAGAAGAGAAUGGUGAAGGCGGAGGAGAUAGAGGCUAAGCUGAGGCUGGUGAUGGAGACUGGGGAAGGGAGGAAGCUCAGGGAGACGCUUGCGGCGGCGAGAAAGAUGGCGUCGGACGCCAUCAGCAACGGCGGGUCUUCUGAAGUGGCAUUCGCCGAGUUCUUGAGAGAUUUGGAGAAUGGAGGAUGCAACAAUUGAUCAAGCUGGAUGACAGAUGUACUCUGCAAGGAUGGUAGUAACAACUUGCAGAUUUUGUCAGCAGCAUAAGAGAAAAAUAGAGUUUGUAUUACUGCAUUAGUGUGUCCAGUGCAGCAGGGAGGACUCAUUGCUCACUCAAAUUAUUAAAUGAAUCAAAUUGGAUAAUGUCGGCACCAAAUCAUCAGAGAGGCAUGCGUCAAAUACAGCAGUUCAUUGUGAUUGUA